CCGCCAAAUUUUCCAAACGGAAGUAGUUUUUUGCAAUUAGGAAGCGACGCCGCUUCAAUUGGCAUCACUGACUGGUUUGAAAAGUUCGCGAAAAUCCAUUUCCGGGAAAAAAAGGGUGUGUAGAAUCCCCAACCGUCAAAAAUUCCCCAGGCCCCUUAAUUUUCGCACUGAGCGGCUCCUCUGGGGCCCCAGAACACCCACAGGUACUCCAGGAGCCCCAAAAAUGUGUUUUGUAGUCAAAAGAGAACAAUAAAAACAAAAAGAGCUUUUUUUUUGGAAAUUACAUUUUAUUUGUCCGUUAAAUUCAAAUAGUAGAAUUUAACGGACAAGUUGUCUCAAAAACAAGUGACGCUCGCUACAAAAAAACGGUGAAAACUUGCGGAAAAUCAGUGGAAAUACGUGAAAAACAAUGAACAGACGGUUGGAUAAGCCGAGUGGGAUACCCAAGCCAGCCCUCAAAACAGCAGGAUUCACGGCAUCGGCGAAAACAAUUGCAAAAACAGUGAGUGAUGCAAAAAUGCCCCUAACGAGGGAUUUGGCCAAUUUACCAGCACCCAGGAGGAGGGCGCUAUCACCGGAUUUGCAGAGCAGAAAAGUAGCCCCCAGUAGGACAAAUCUUCGCCGGAGCAGAUCCUUCAACGAUAUCCGGGAUAUUGGCGUGAUGAGUCGGGUGAAUCCCUUGAAGCGGACUGCUCCAACGAUGCCUUCAAUUCCAGCCAAGCGGGUAGCGACGUCAGUUCAAUUGAGGACGGCGAAACCCGCUGUGACUGGCACUGCGACUACGACGGGCCAAACUACUACAAAACCCAAGCCUGCAGCAGUAAAGAAGCCAGUAACUUCCUCGGGGGCAGUGACAAAGGUGGGUGCAAAGAAAAUCCCUCCGUAUGACUACAAAGCACGCUAUGGGGCACUGUUGGAGAAGCACAAUGCCCUCAAGGAGAAAUUCGAUGAGCACAAAGAGCAAUUAGUGCACCUUGAGGGUCUCCCGGAGCAGUAUGAGGAAUCUCAGGCGGAAGUUCAGCGUUUGCAGCUGGAAUUGGCUGCCACGAAGACGCACUACGAGUGUUUGGAGAAAGAGACAAAGAUUUCCGCGGAGAAGAUUCAAAAACUCACUUCCCAGCUUGAGAGUACAGCUGCACAGCUUGAGAAGAUUACUGCCACAUGCCAGGCUGCCCAGGAGAAUGAGAAAAAGCUGCAGGGAGAGGUUGAUGAGCUGACAGAGGAGAAUAAGUGGCUCAAAGAUGAAGGGAAUGCAAUGCGGGAGGAAUUAAAUGUGUGCAAGGAUCAAUUAUUUGCCAGUGUGAUGGAGAGGAAAGACCUUCACAAUCAAAUGAUGGAUUUGAGAGGAAAUAUCCGAGUCUUUUGUCGGGUUCGUCCAGCACUAGAGUGCGAGACUGAGAGAAUUCUGUGCGGAUGGAGGUACAUCGAUGAGGCGUCUCUGGAAAUUACGAGCAUGGACCCCAAGAAUAAGGGCCAACGGACGGAAUUUUCGUUUGAUCAAGUUUUCCAUCCCCUCACAUCGCAAACUGAUGUCUUUGAGAAUGUUACUCCGUUGAUUCAAUCAGCUCUGGAUGGGUACAAUGUGUGCAUUUUCGCGUAUGGACAGACGGGUUCUGGGAAGACCUUCACAAUGGAGGGUACGGAGGGUCAAUUGGGCGUUAUUCCGCGUACCGUUGACCUUCUUUUUGAUUCCGUGAAGAAUUAUAAGAGAAUUGGCUGGGAGUAUGAGAUCCGGGCAACCUUCCUGGAGAUCUACAAUGAAGUUCUCUAUGAUCUUCUCAAUCCGGAGGCGAAUGACUUGGAAAUCCGCAUGGUCAGCGCAUCAAGUAAAACGGAUGUUUAUGUGAGCAACAUAACGGAGAAGAUUGUUGAGAAUGGGCAGCAAUUGAGGGCAUUGAUGGAUGCUGCAAAGCGCAAUCGAGCAACAGCCUGCACGGUGGGCAAUGAACGUUCAUCACGCUCCCACGCAAUUACGCGCCUUCAGCUGAUUGGUGUGCACGAGGGGAAGCAGGAAAAGUGCGUGGGAACCGUUAAUCUUGUGGACCUCGCGGGAUCGGAGUCCCCGAAGACCAGCACCCGAAUGGAGGAGACAAAGAAGAUCAACAGAAGCCUCAGUGAGCUCACAAAUGUCAUCAUGGCCAUCCUCAAUAAGCAGGAACAUGUCCCCUAUCGAAACUCCAAGCUCACCCAUCUGCUAAUGCCAGCUUUGGGAGGCAACUCAAAGACCUUGAUGGUGAUCAACGUAUCGCCUCUGCAGGACUGCUAUGGGGAAUCGCUAAAGUCCCUUCGCUUUGCUGCUUCCGUGAAUUCCAUAAAGAUGACGAGAGUGAGGAAGAAUCGCUACUUGAACAAUGUGGCCACCACCAGCGCCUAAAUAUUUUUUUAAUACAAAUUUCAACAAAAUCUAUUCAUCUUUUAAUAAAAUUAACUAAAAACAAAA